AUGGCCAUCCCCUAUCCCCAUUUCAUUGCCACCGAGAAGGCCGCCAUGGACGCCGGCCUCCUCCUCCCCUCCUCCUCCCCAUCCGUCAUCUUCACUCAAGACGACCUCAAGAAGAUCGCCGCCUACAAGGCGGUCGAGUACGUCGAAUCCGGCAUGGUCCUCGGCCUAGGCACUGGCUCCACCGCCAAGCACGCCGUCGACCGCAUCGGCGAGCUUCUCCGCCAGGGUAAACUCAAGGACAUCGUCGGAAUUCCCACCUCCAAGAAAACCCACGAACAAGCACUCUCCCUCGGGAUCCCCCUCUCCGAUCUCGACUCCCACCCCGUCGUCGAUCUGGCCAUCGACGGUGCCGACGAGGUCGACCCUUUUCUCAACCUCGUCAAGGGUCGCGGUGGCUCCCUCCUGAGGGAGAAGAUGGUGGAGAGCGCAUGCAAGAAGUUUAUUGUUAUCGUUGAUGAGUCCAAGCUCGUGAACUAUUUGGGGGGGAGUCGAUUGGCCAUGCCCGUUGAGGUUAUUCAGUUUUGUUGGAGGUUCACUGCUGAGAGGUUGCGCAAGCUGUUUGAGGAGGCCGGGUGUGUUGCCAAGCUUAGGACUUUCGGGGAGAAGGAGGAGCCCUUUGUCACGGACAAUGGGAACUUCAUUGUGGAUUUGUAUUUCGAGAGGAGUAUUGGGGAUUUGAAGGCUGCCAGUGACGCAAUUCUGCAGCUUGCUGGGGUGGUAGAGCAUGGUAUGUUUCUGGAUAUGGCUACCACUGUUAUCGUGGCAGGGGAGCUUGGCUUGACAGUGAAGAAUAAGUAG